CCACGGGCCGGCUGGUUUGAGCCUCUUUUGACAUCUCGCCCUACCAUCACCACCAUCCAACGCCAUCGGCCAUCACCAAUAAUGGACCUUCACCGCCGAGUACAAUCUCAGACUUCCUCAACUUCAACUGCAACUCCCUCCAAACAUGCUUUUGAAACGAGGGUGGCCGACGUCAAGUCGCCAAAGAGUGACAUCAAUGCUUUGAUCCUCGACUACUUGAUGAUGGAGGGAUAUCCCAAGGCCGCCGAGAAGUUCCAGAAAGAGGCCAACUUGAAGCCCAGGCAGGAAGACCCUACCAUCAAUGCUCGUCAGCAGAUCCAGCACGCCAUCCAUGUUGGAGACAUUCAGAAGGCCAUCUCUGACCUGAAUGAACUCGACCCUGGUAUUCUGGAUAGUGAUCCUCACCUGCACUUUUCCCUGCUUCGGUUGCAGCUUAUUGAGCUCAUCCGCAACGCCAGAGGAUAUGAUCCCUCGGCAGCCAUCAACUUCGCCCAGGAGAAGCUUGCUCCCCGUGCUGCUUCGAACGAGCAGUUCCUGAAGGAGCUCGAGAAGACGAUGGCCUUGCUCAUCUUCCCGGCUGAUAAACUCCAGCCCGACCUGGCCGCGCUCCUCCACUCUGACCUGCGCCGUAACACGGCAGCUCAAGUGAACGAGGUAGUCCUGCAACGACAUACGGAGCGGCGUGAAGCUGCCAUCCGUCAACUUGUUCGCAUGCGUGCAUGGGCCGAGGCAUCGUGUCGGUCCAAGAAGAGAAACCUUCCUGACCGUAUCGAGCUUGGUCUCAACGGGGAUGAUAAUGGGCAUGACCCCAUGGUCACGACUUAAGCCUUGAUGUGCCUUUAGGUUUGGGGUUUGCCUUUUGCUUUUCGGGCUUUUUUUUCUCUUU